UGUAUCAAUGUUCCUUUAUAUUUGCCUGUAUGUCUUGUUGCAGAGAGAGAAGCGCACAGAAGCCAAUCAGCUCUGCUUAUUGAAAGAAAAGAUUUAUUUCAGGAAACCAAACCUGUUAUACCAGGAGGCCCCCGUGUUUAUAAGUUGGUUCUGCGUGAGAAAUAUGCACAAGGAAAGUACAGAAAACUCCAGUUUGGGGCUCAAAACCCAUUAAAACAACACAAAAUAAUAAUGUUGGUGGGAGCAACAGGAUCAGGUAAAACAACUCUCAUCAACGCUCUGAUCAACUACAUCCUGGGAGUGAAAUGGGAAGAUAAUUACAGGUUGAUUCUCAUUGAGGAAGAUACAAACAGGAGCCAAGCCCAUAGCCAGACCUCUGAAGUCACUGCCUACCAACUCAAUCAUAUAGAGGCAUUUACUGUCCCCUAUAACCUGACAAUCAUUGAUACCCCGGGGUUUGAUGACACAAGAGGUCGAGAUCAUGACAAAGAGAUUCCCAGGCAACUGAAAUUAUGUUUUGACUCACCCGGGAGCAUUAGCCACAUUGAUGCCAUUUAUUUUGUGCUUCCGUCCGGUUUACCUCGUUUGACAAGUACACAGGAAUAUAUUUUUGCCUCAAUAUUGUCAAUUUUUGCAAAAGAUAUAGAGAAGAACAUACAGAUCUGCGCUACGUUUGCUGAUGCCGGGAAACCACAGGUCUUGCAGGCCCUUAUUGAGUCUGAGGUUCCAUGUCUAAAGGACCGAGAUGGAUCUCCUGUUUGCUUCAAGUUCAACAAUUGUGCUCUGUAUGAAAAAAACUCAGAGGAAGAGGAUGGUGAUAAUUCAUUACUUUUGGAAUUCUGGAAACUAGGACAAUUGAGCUCUGAAAAACUUUUGAAAUACCUAAAUAAUAGAAUUAGCAAGAGUCUGGCUUUAACUAAGGAAGUGCUAGAGAAGAGGGAAGCACUCAGGUCUAUUUUAGACGAGGUGGGGAGAAACGCUGGGGAAACAAGACAAAGGGUUAAAUCUCCCUACUGGUUUUUCCAUUAUGAAUUCCUUUACAGUUUCAAAAAUGAAUUCCUGAAGCUGAACGCAAUGACACUAUUAAGGGAAGCUUCAGACAUUCUCAGGCGCCUACAAGGAAUCGCCCUAAAACCUGACCCACUCACUGUCACUGAUUAUAUUGAUUUGCUUAUAAGUAAAGAGAGAGAAGAAGGCAAAGAAGGGUUUCAAGAGAAGAUUGCUUCCCUGGAGGCUUAUAAAAUUAUAGCCAAUAACAUGCAGAUCUGA